CGUUUGUAUACAUAGUGAAAAUAUGAAACAAUCUUAUCUCUGUACACCGAAACCACGACUAUAGGUUUGAAUAAAUCCUAGCCAGUUGGUCCGAGACGAUCGUUGGCUUUGUACUGAGGACAAAUUUCACCGGUCUCCAGAGCAGAAAUGGAUUACAACAUUUCGAAUAGCGAAGGUUUUCUGCAACAGAAAUGGGAUGCCUUUCUGGACGUGGUCGGUGAUGACCCGGCUACUCUGUACAUUUGGAUACAAAUGACCUCCGUCUACUCGCAUUACUGGCUUCUGGGUGGUCUCUUCAUGAUUAUGGACAUCACCGGAAAGCCAAAAUUCCUUCGAAAAUAUAAAACGCAGCCCGGUGUCAAUGAACCGAUCGCGUGGGUCGAUCUAAAAAAGAUCAUCAAAACGGUCCUGUUCAAUCAGUUUGCCAUUGGGGCUCCUCUCUCGUACAUCGGAUUUCAUCUGUCGAUUAGCAAGCACAUCACGGAUAUCCACAUUCUACCGCCAUUGAGCAUCAUUGUGCGAGAUCUUAUCAUUUGCAGGCUUAUGUGGGAAAUCGGAUUUUACUACAGCCAUCGACUAUUGCAUAACAAGUACCUGUACAAGAUCAUUCACAAGAAACAUCACGAGUUUACCGCUCCGGUAUCAUGGGCCGCCGUUUACGCACACCCCAUUGAGCACAUAUUGAGCAACAUGAUUCCACCGAUGCUGGGAGUGUCACUGACGAAGUGCCACGUGGUGACUUCGAUGCUCUGGUUCAACUACGUCAUCAAUCAUACGUUGACGGCGCAUUCCGGCUAUCACCUACCGUUCAUGCUAAGCUCGGAAUUUCACGACUAUCAUCAUUUGAAGUUCAAUCAAUGCUUCGGUACCAAUGGCCUCCUGGAUUGGAUACAUGGCACUGAUGCAGAUUUCCGUAAGACCAAGUAUGGUAAACGUGACCAGAGGUUAUUCGGGCUUAAAUCAGCAAGAGAGCUUGUUCCCGAUAAGAGUUAAGAAGUUAGUAUUUUAUAAGUGAUAGUUUGUAGAAACAACAUAUCUGGUCUAAUUAAAGGGUUUUCAUGUUUCAUAUAAUUA